GACAUGCAGACAGCUACAGACUAAAAAAACAUGUGCGUUAUGAAUUCAUUUUAAAAAGUGGAAUUGGAAGGCAUCCGCUAACCUGUGCUGAUACUUUAGCUAUUAUUUAUAUUCUGCUCCAGUUUUAUACCUAACAGAAGUCAAAUAUUGUGACAAUUAUAAACUUCUUGCGUUGAAGUGACCUAAUGAUGAGCGUCUCAAGAUCGAAGGAGCCUUAAAUGAUUUCCAAUAUUAAGAUUCACAGAGAUACUAACAACGAUUCUGUGAGUGAAUUCGCCAAAUUGUGUAAAAUCUUUACUGAUAACAAUCGGUCUUAUGACAAAAAACGACUUAUCUCAGCGUUGCGAGUUAGAAGAAAUUUUACGCGACCGAAAAAAAUUUCAGUGAAGACUCAUAUACUUUAUGCCAUUCGGUGCUGAAUUUGGUGCUCCUGAAAAACUGUAAUUUUCAGUACAUGUUAUUUCUUUUGACUGCUCCUAAGUUUUUUCCAAAGAAAACCUAAUAUUUUAGUGAAUGAGUUGAGAGAUAAGUUGACUACUCCUAAGUUUUUCUAUAAAGGAAACGUAAUAUUUUAGUUAAUGAAUUGAGAGACAAGUGAGACAAAACGAUGCCAGAGACCCGGGCUGUGGACACACCGCAGCAGGGGGGUGGGGAGCACCUGAGUUAAUGAAGAUGAUGGAAAGAAGGUUCUGGGAGCAGCAGUUCAGGAAGCUUCUGCCUCACAGGUCCGAGCCCAGCCUCACCGCCAUCAGGAGGCCCAGGGUAGAAGCCCGCGCCAUGGAGAAGUACGAGAAGAUCAGCAAGAUCGGCGAGGGAUCCUACGGGAUGGUCUACAAGUGCCGCGUCAAGGAUACCGGCGAGCUCGUGGCUAUCAAGAAAUUCAUGGAGUCAGAAGACGAUCCUCUUAUCCGCAAGAUCGCGCUUAGAGAAAUAAAGAUGCUCAAGAGUCUCAAACAUCCCAACCUGGUCAAUAUGAUAGAAGUUUUCAGAAGAAAACGUAAGCUGCACCUGGUGUUCGAAUAUUGCGACCACACACUUCUAGGGGAGAUGGAGAAGAAUCCAAAAGGGUUCCCCGAAAAGGAGACAAAGAAGAUCAUCUACCAGCUGGUGGAGGCGGUGCGGUUCUGCCACGAGAGCAACGUCAUCCACCGCGACGUCAAGCCUGAAAACGUCCUCAUUACCAGACGCGGCGUCGUCAAACUUUGUGAUUUCGGCUUCGCCAGGAUGCUCACUAACGAGUCGUACACGGACUAUGUGGCGACGCGGUGGUAUCGGGCGCCCGAGCUCCUCGUGGGCGACACCAAGUAUGGCGCACCUGUCGACGUCUGGGCCAUCGGCUGCGUUAUGGCGGAGAUGAUCCGCGGUGAGGCCCUCUGGCCCGGCAAGUCCGACCUCGACCAGCUCCACAUCAUCAAGAAGACGCUUGGCGAGUUACUGCCGUACCACAUGAAGGUGUUCAGCAGCAACGACUUCUUCCGGGGCCUUAAGCUACCGGAGACCGGCAUCAGGGAGACGCUCGAGGCAAAGAUGCCCGCCUCCAUCUCCACAGACGCUUUAGACUUCUUGAAGAAAUGCCUGGACGUGGACCCGUCUAAACGGAUGACGUGCAAGCAAUUGCUGACUCAUCCGUACUUCGACAACUUCUCCUACAGUUUGCCCGAAGAAGAAAUAGAACGCUUCAACCAGAUAAGAAGAGUGAGUCAGCUGCACUUGCUGAGUUCGAGCGCCAGCGGGUCCAACUUGCUGCCCCAAUUGGCGGGCCAGAGCCCGUCGGGGGGCAGCAGCCUCUCGCUGUCGUCGUCCCCUGACGUCCGACACUACGGGAGCUUCAAUGCAGGACGUCACUUCGACCACUUCCCUACGAUCUGACCAGUUUAUAAAGCACCACCUUUAUACCAGCAACCAAUCUUCCACUUGCAUCACCGCCAUCUACACAAGAAGGAUUCUUUCGGCAGUGACGCGAGUCUUAGACCUGACGAUAGGGGCUACGACUCGCGCCUCAGAAAGACCAACUUUCUUUGGGAUGAAAACAAAAGCACUAAUUUUCAGUUAAGCAAUUUUAACCUUCAGAAAAAUUCGCGUGAUGGUUUGCACCUCCCGUGGAGUAAAAGUCCAAGCACUGCUGAUCGUCACAGAGCUCGAGACCUGCGACGUAGCGAUUCCAUCACGUUGCCGAUGUUUGGGCAACCGCAAGGCUUCAAGAAGACGGACAGCGUUUCGAAAGCCGGUAAGGGUUCUCCAUUUGACUUCAAGGAUGGCUUAUCCUCGAGAAAAAACAGCUUGUUACUCUCCCCCAUGCAAAAUAAUUUACUAGGCGACACCACAAGCCAUAAGAAGGGCGAAAAGUCUGGAAAGAGCUUUAUGUCUUCUGAGCUUUAUGGGAUACUCUACAAAAAGUUCCAUUCCUUUUGACAGAAAAACUGGUACUUGCCACUAGAACCUGGAAGCAAUCAGGCAGUCUGUGAAUGGCGUGACUGUUUGUGUGAUGAUACAAUACAUGUAAGACUUCAUAUUCCUUUCCUUUCUGUUAAUGAAAAUGUGUACGCGUAUACAAUCAUUAACAAUAGUAACAUUAUUUGUCUCCGCCUCUUUGUUCGUUAUUUUUACUGCUUUCAUUAUCAUCUCAGAUAUUCAACAUUGAAUCUCUAAAAUAUUUGAUGGACUUUAAUUAAAACUGCUGAAAUAGCGGCUUGAAAUUCAUGCCAAGAAAUUCGAGUAGAUUGAACGGCAAAUUUAAAUUCAAAACCUUCACUUAACGCGCACAGAGGCCAUCACUGACAACAGGAUACAAAUGCCACUUUUGGUAUUUUUAGUGAAAUUUCGGUGGCCUCUAGAGAGCGUAAAAAUAUUCAAAUGUUACCCUGGGGACGUGUAAUUCUAGUAAAAUUUUCGCUAGUAAAAACAAUUUAAGAAAAAUAUACAAAUGGCACCGUGGGGAAGUGGUAUUCCAGUAAAAAUUUUCCGCGACCUUUAGCGAGCGCAAAAAAGGAGCAGUCUUUCUCAAUCUGACUUCACCGCCAGCAGCUCUUGAUGUUAAAGGUCUAAUUUGCAUCCAUUGAUUGCCUGUGCAUAGGAGAGGAAAAUUUAAAUUUAAUGGAAUUGCUGAGCAGUUGAGUUCUUACUGGCACCCGAUUCAGAAUAUGUGAGCGAAUGCGUUCACUGGUAUAGAGUCGAGUGAAACCGAUGCAUGUUCUUCAGAUCUUGUCCACCACGCUGUUUUUCAGGUUAUUAUUCGGGUAUGAAAUAUAAAUUGCAAUUUAUUUCGUCAUGGUUUCAAGUAUUUUGUCCUCUUUGAUUUAAAGAUUUCCAGUAGCUAUUAAAAAAAAGAUGCGUGAAGCAAACGUAGCUUGUUUUAUUUUUUGUUCCCGAACGAAGAGUUAUUAUUUGUAUUUGGGACCAACCAAGUUAAUGAUCGUUUGAUUAAGACAAUUUAUGAACUAAUAUGAACGAAUAAAUAGAUCAAAUAAAUAUAAUCAUGAAAAACGUAAUGUUUAGGCGAUCUUAAAUAUAUCUUAAAGUUAAAUAACCCUGAAGACACUCCAUUAUAUGCUUGGUAAAGUUUCCAAGUACAAGAAUAAUUGAAACAAUUCAUAAGGUCCGUUAAAUAUUAAUUAUUAGUGUGAUAAUAUUUACUGUGUUCACAUGUACACUGGUGUGAAAAUUCUAGAAUGAAAUCAGCUUUCGUUAAUCUAGUAUACUUUUGUAAUCCGCGAAGCAUUUAUCAUAAUUAAGCUACUGUCAUGAAAAAUAGUUAUAUGGUUUAGGUGUUUUUCGUUAAGUAAAGUUAUUGUAAAUACAGCGUAUCUCUUACACAUGUACAUGGCUAGAAUGGAGUACCUUCAACCUACAGUUUAUGUUGCGUUGAGAUUUUCAGUUAUUAUGUUGUUAUCAGAAAUCAGUUUCGUAUUAGACCUUGCGUUUGGGUUUAACCAAGUUCGAGCGUACUUAACCGUAUCGUUCAUUUUUCAGUGUUCCGUUGAUUGAAAAUUUUCUUAGACGCUGUAGCAGAAUGGCUAUUAGGCUUAAUUUUAAAUGUACUCUCACUAAAAUAUAUAUUUUUCGUUUUAUUUAUUGAUUCACAAACGUUGCGAUACAUCAUUUUUUUCUCUACCGCAAAAGGUGUCUUAUUUAAUGAGUUACUGCCAUCAGCGUUUCGGUUAUUUUUCGUUCCAUGCUUGCCGAACGCUUGUCAGUUAAUUUUCAACUAAAGGAUCCCUAAACCUUAACUGUAGAUCUCAGUCGUGCGACCAACAGGUAGGCCUACCGUACUGCCUAUCAGUAUGUAGGCCAUCCAGCAUAAAAGGCGGGAAUUCAGUCAAGUCAAUGAAGGAAUCAAGGAAAGCUACGUACAAAUGUGUUGGCUGACACGACUGAAUCAGUCGGUCGCUAUAGGCCGUGAGGAGGGACUCUUAUAUAUAUCGUGGGUCCUGACAAUCUUUUUGAUUUGUCUUAUCUGUUCGAGAAUUCAGAACCGAUAGCCCAGAGGCUUUUAGGUAUUGUGUUAAAUUACAUAGAAAGGCCAAUUUCCUUACUCGAAGAGUACAUCUUGAUUCAACGUACCCGAUUUUCAAAAGCAUCUUCUAGCAUUAGAACUUUAGACUAGACGUUGAAUUCAAGUUCUAGGAGAAUAAUCAUGAAUGCUAUCCUUGUGGAUGUAUUAAACAAAAUAUGACCAAUUUAUAACAUCGCUACAGAUCAUCAAUAAUUGCAUGUAUAUCAAGUAUAUAUGAGUAAUUUA